UAUUUAAAAGCAGAUCUUUGUCACCACCUGACCGUUCAUUCAAUUUUCCCCUACACCCUUCUUUGAAACUGGAUUUCACACUGCUUCCUAAAGUACAAGCCAUGGAAAACGAGCAAGGCGGCGGCAGCAUCGUUGUCGUUGGACGGGCAGAGAUCGAUACCAGACCACCCUUUCGCUCUGUUAAAGAGGCUGUCAUGUUAUUUGGAGAAAAGGUUCUUGUUGGUGAAAUUUAUGCCAACAAGCUCAAAGAGAUGAAGGCUCAGGCAGGAGAAAGUGGGAAAGGUGAAUCCAAGAUUGCAGCCUUAACAGCCGAGCUAGAAGAAAUGAAGCAAAACUUGCAAAAGGCGAAAGAGGAAGGCAACUCGAUGUCGUAUUACAUAAAAACGCUGACGGAAGAGCUCGAACGAACAAAAAAGGAACUGCAACAGUUCAAGGCAAAAGAGUUCCAGAAGCAGCGGUUUGAUCCCAAUAUAGAAGACUUCAAGUUUGCUGAGAGCACAACGAAAAUCAUGACACAACAUGAAGAGCCAGAGGAGUUUCAAAAGAAGAGGUACGUGAAAUUUGCUAGCCCUCCUUCAUUAGCUCAAGUUAUCGUCAAUCAAGAUGGAACCCCGGAAAAAACGGCCUCAGUUAAGAAAGUUCGAAGGAAGCCACUCGUCCCCAUUAUUGGAUGGCUAUUCCAAAAGAAGAAAGCAAGUCAAGAAGAUGAUCAUCUGUCCCUAAGAACAAACGAGGUCCAGAGGCAUUAUUAGCUGAGCAAGUAACUUCUUUUUUUUAUGUUGCCACCAACAAAGAUUGGAGCUUGUGCCAUUACUCACAGGUCAGAACAUGAAAUAAAACCAGAUUAGUGUACCAUAAAAA